AUGAAUGAGCCAUGUUCAACCAAAACCUCGGACGGAAGAGAUGCUUCACCAGCACUUGACGAUGAACCAAACGGCUUCACAGAACAUCAAGUCGACAACAAUCCAAACCUUCCGCUCUUAGAUAGCCAUAGACAUAAUUCUUCUGCCGGCAGUAUCCUAUUGCCUCAAGAAGACACUAUCGACGAUGAAGCUGCAACCAAAGUAUUGGCCAAGAUUGACAGAGUCAUCAUUCCAUUACUGUUCAUAACCUAUAUGUUGAAUUUCAUGGACAAGGUCAUUCUAUCCAGCGCCGCUGUUUUUGGACUAAGAGAGGAUACACAUCUCAAAGGCCAGCAAUACAGCUGGGUCGGUAGCGUCUUUUACUUAGGCUAUCUUCUAUGGACAUAUCCAACAACUGUUUUCGUUGCACGUCUUCCAACUGGUAAAUACCUCACAGUCAACACACUAUUUUGGGGCUCGGUCGUUGCACUCACUGCAGCAUGCCAUAACUUCGGUGGCCUCUUGGUGGCACGAUUUCUUCUAGGCGUCGCAGAGGCCACGAUAACGCCCGGUUUCAUGUUUCUGACAUCGACUUGGUAUACUCGCGAUGAGAUGCCGACUCGUGUUGGAAUCUGGUUUUCUGGAAACUCUGUUGGCGGCUUGGUGGCCAGUUUGCUUGCAUUUGCAGUUGGACAUGUCGAUGGAGCAUCGAUACGACCUUGGAGGUGGAUGUACAUCAUCCUAGGCACCACGACUUUUGUGUGGGCAAUACCUUUGUUUCUCUUUCUCCCAGACAACAUCUCUAAAGCCGCUUUCCUCACACCAAGGGAGAGAAGAAUCGCGGCACGACGUGUGGUGUCUUCUGGUACUGGUACGACUGAACAUACGAGUUGGAAAUGGGAUCAAGUCCGUGAGUGCCUGAUCGACCCCAAAUCUUGGUUCAUCGUGGGUAUCGAGCUAUUCACGCAGAUUCCGAAUGGCGGAUCCCAAAGUUUCGCGAAUAUCGUGGUCGAGUCUUUCGGAUUCACGAAUUUGCAAUCCACGCUCAUCAACAUACCUUAUUCACUUCUAUCAGCAGGUAUAAUAUCAGGAAGCGGAUACCUAGCUGGCCGAUUCCGCACGCUGAAUUGCAUUUUGAUCGUCGUUGUUAUCAUGCCAUGUGUCAUUGGCAGUGCAAUCAUCUACAAACGAGACAAUGUGCCUCACAGCGUCCAUCUUUUCGCCUACUUCCUCCUCUCGAGCGGUUCUGCAGCAAUGCCGCUCACCAUGGCCCUCGUACAAUCUAAUUACCGAGGUGUUACCAAGAAGAUGACAAUAACGGCCAUGCUGUUCAUCACAUAUUGUGUUGGGAACAUGGCAGGUCCGCAUUUCUUCCUAAGGUCUGAGGAUCCACUAUACGAGACGGCUUUCAAGGCUAUCACUAUUUGCUACAGCUUAGCCACACGCAUCAAAAGUUUGAUCGCGUAUCGCUCGAAAAUGUCGUGGAGAAGCCAAGGAAUCACCGGUUCCAACAACAUCCCUCUCGGGAAGCGUCGCUUCGGAGAUGAGGAGGAGGAGUUUAAUGGCAACGCUGGAGUCGAUCGCGACUUGAAGCGUGGACGCGAUCCUGAGCCUCGCGGCGAUGCUGAUGGACCUCGACGACGAAAGAAGCGAAACCGAUGGGGUGAUGCAUCCGAGAACAAAGCGGCUGGCCUCAUGGGCUUGCCCACUGCUAUCUUGUCCAAUAUGACAAGUGAACAGCUUGAGGCCUACACACUGCAUUUGCGUAUCGAGGAAAUCUCCCAGAAGCUUCGCAUCGACGAUGUCGUCCCAGCCGACGGUGAUCGAUCUCCUUCUCCCGCUCCUCAGUACGACAACCACGGUCGACGUAUCAAUACACGAGAGUACCGAUACCGAAAGAAGCUUGAAGAUGAGCGCCACAAGCUCAUCGAGAAGGCCAUGAAGACCAUUCCUAACUACCACCCGCCACAGGAUUAUCGUAGACCUACAAAGACUCAGGAGAAGGUCUAUGUUCCUGUUAACGAUUAUCCGGAAAUUAACUUCAUUGGUUUACUUAUCGGACCUCGUGGUAAUACUCUGAAGAAAAUGGAAGGAGACUCAGGUGCCAAGAUCGCCAUUCGUGGCAAGGGCUCCGUAAAGGAGGGUAAGGGUCGGUCUGAUGCCGCGCACGCCAGCAACCAGGAAGAAGAUCUGCACUGUCUCAUCAUGGCCGAUACCGAAGAGAAGGUCAACAAGGCCAAGAAGCUCAUCCACAACGUCAUUGAGACUGCUGCGUCUAUUCCUGAAGGCCAGAACGAACUCAAGCGAAACCAGCUCCGAGAACUCGCCGCGCUCAACGGUACCCUCCGAGACGACGAGAACCAAGCUUGUCAGAACUGUGGCAAGAUCGGCCAUCGCAAGUACGACUGCCCCGAGAAGCAAAACUUCACUGCAAGCAUCAUCUGUCGCGUUUGUGGCAACGCUGGUCAUAUGGCUCGCGAUUGUCCCGACCGACAGCGUGGUGCUAGCUGGCGCCAGAAUGAUGCUGGUGCUCGCCCUGCUGGUCGUAUCGGUGGCGGAGAUGAUGUUGACCGUGAAUACGAGCAACUCAUGCAAGAGCUUGGUGGAGGGUCUUCUGGAGCCCCUGCGCGUAUCGAGGCCGGCCCUGGCGCUCAGAACAACGGAGACGCGAAGCCUUGGCAGCGAGGCCCUACUGGUGGUCCUGCACCAUGGCGCAGCCGCAACCAGGAUUCUAACGAAGGUGGAUCGGCAGCUCCCUGGGCUAGAGAUCGCGGUGGUCGUAACGACGACCAUCAAGGCGGUAGCGGUGCCGAUAGCUACUACGGACAGGCUUAUGCAGGUGCUUCAGGUGCCGCUGCUCCCUGGGCGCAACAGGCUCCUGGAACUCAGGGUGGGUAUGCUGGUUAUCCUGGCUAUGGUGCUUACGGUGCUGCCCCUGGAAUGGGAGCUCCUCCUGGUCUUGGUGCUCCUGGCAGCGCGCCUCCACCUCCUCCUGGUGCUCCCCCAGGCUUGGGAGACAUUAACGCCUUUAUUCAGCAGUAUGCCGGUGCUGCACCUCCUCCGCCGCCUUCUGGAGAUGCCCCGCCACCACCUCCCAGUGAUCAGCCUCCGCCUCCCCCACCUCCCGGUGCCUAA